AUGGAUGCCAUGCCUCAGGCUCCGGAUGAUAACCACAGUGGUGGGGCGCUUAGUGAUCGAGAUUCGGGUAGUCAACCCCUCGAGCAACCGAGGCCGCGCAAGAGGAAGCUCGAUAAAGACACACCGAAGAAAGAGAGGAUUAACAAGAUAACAGACAUUUGGUCGAAGUCAACUACGGCGGCUCCUGCCCGAGUGUAUUUUGUCAAUGAAAGCAAUGGAACCCCAAGAAGGGGUGGUGGUCAGCAGGACAGCAACAGCGACCAUUCAGAUAGCUCUAAUCCUAUGCGGCAAACCAACUGUGACCCCGCGGCGCGCGUCCAGAAAAAUUCGAUCACGAUGGGCAACGGCGGUGGCGUAUUCCUUGAUCCCAAGGUCGAGCCUACAUUGCCUCGCAAAACCGAAGCGGCUGGCGAUGUCCCUCCAGUUGCGAUUGUUCCCGUAGAGAAGGACGAAUCCAUUCCUAAAGAUGUUUGGCAAGAAAAGGAAGCGAACUACCAACGGAUUAUUGAGGAUCUACGACGACGCAAUGACGAGUUGGAGAAGGGCAGGCAGGCCGACAAAAAGAAGAUGGAGGGUUACAAGACGCAGCUUGUUGGGCUCCUCACCGAGCAGACAAGGCUUGAGAGGAAGGUGCUGGGAGAGAAAACCGGCAAGGACUCUGAACGCAUCGGAAUGUUCAAGAUGGUGCGCGAAAAAGACCAUUUCAAGGAGCAAUGGGUCCAUGGCAAUUGGUUUGAAGGCCUCGAGAAGAGACAGCAGGAACUUGUCAACCGAAAGGCAGAACUGCUACAAGCUCAGCAAUUGCUCAAGAAGAGAAAGCCUUCUGGGUCCUCCAAGAGAGCGCAACAAGCUAACGAGAACAACCAUUCGGGCCAACCGCAACUUGACGCUGAUGGGUUUGCGCGUCCGGAUAUUCCCUGCAGUGAAUUGUCGCAAUUCGAUUACUUUGAACACGAAGAGAUUAAUCGUCUCUCACGCGACAACUUGAAAAAAGAAGAAGCCGAAAUCCAAGCCGAGUCCGAGCGUUUGGAGCGCGAAAGGCAGCUGCAUAUCAGGGAAUUGAAACGGGCUGCCCACGAACAUGCUUCACGUUACAAGGACUUUAUUCUGCUGCACGACCGUUACCUGAUGCUAUCGCUACUCGGCAAAGGAGGAUUCAGUGAGGUCUGGAAGGCGUUCGACUUGGAAGACAACUGCUACGUGGCGUGCAAAGUGCAUCACGUGAACAAGGAGUGGAAGGAGGAGAAAAAGGCCAAUUAUGUCAAGCAUGCAAUGCGCGAAAAGGAUAUCCACAAGAAGCUAGACCAUCAGCGCAUCGUUCGGUUGAUCGAUCUAUUCACCAUCGACAACCAUUCGUUCUGCACCGUGCUCGAAUACGUUUCCGGCAACGAUCUCGACUUCUACUUGAAGCAAAACAAAUCCAUGCCCGAGAAGGAAGCACGUAUAGUGCUUAUGCAGAUGCUUUCCGCGCUCAUCUACAUGGCCGAGCAGAAGCCGCCCAUUAUUCACUACGACUUGAAACCGGCGAAUAUUCUUUUGGAAGCGGGUGGCUCGAUCGGUUCACUCAAGAUUACCGACUUCGGGCUGAGUAAGCUGAUUGAAAACAGUGAUGACAGAGACGGGCAGAUCGAAUUAACUAGUCAAUUUGCGGGUACUUACUGGUAUUUGCCUCCCGAAACAUUUGUCGUGUCUCACCAACCGCCGAAGAUCAACAGCAAGGUCGAUGUGUGGAGCUUGGGCGUCAUUUUCUACCAGUGCGUCUACGGCCGAAGGCCUUUUGGUCAUGAUCAAACCCAGCAGAAGAUUCUGGAGGAGAACACGAUCAUCAACGCUCGCGACCUUGUCUUCCCGCUAAAACCACAGAUUUCGCCGGCCGCCCAAGACUUUAUCAGGCGUUGCUUGGAGUACCGGAAGGAGGAUCGGGCCGACGUCUACGAGUUGGCAAGACACGAACUGCUGCGCCCACGCUCAGCUAAAAGCACUCAGCCACCGCAUUCUCCGCAGUACACGAGACCUACCAUCACCAAAAUGGAAGGCUCAAAUGAU